ACCCAUCGGUCCCCGUGGCGCGCACCCAAGCAAUACGAGCUCUUGGCAGUAUCAAGCCACCUUGCAUCCGAACCUCAGCAAUUCAUCCCAUCGUCCCACACUUCAUUUUUCCCUUCUCCGUGCGCGGUUUCGGGGCCCGGCGUUAUUGUUCUUCGAGACAUACUCAGCCAUGAAAGAGAUAUGACACUUGGCAACCGAACAUGUGGCUCCUGCACCUCCUCGCCUGGCUAUCCAUCUCGACAGCAGCAGUGCACGCGCAAUGCCCCAUCUACACCAACUACGCCUCGUCCAAACACGAGCCGUACACAAACACGCGCUGGAACCUGUCGUAUGCGCGGCCCAUCCCGCCGUGCCGCACCUUCGCGGCGCCGGAGGUCGAGCACACCAUCAGCCGGCUGAGGAAAGUCAUCGUGGACCCGGAUCUCUUCCGCCUGUUCGAGAACGCGUGGCCGAGCACCCUGGACACGACGAUUGCGUGGCGCGGGGUGUCGAACAGGACGGCGCCGGGGGCGGACGAGGAGGAGCUGAGCUUUGUGAUCACGGGCGAUAUCGAGGCCAUGUGGUUGCGGGAUAGCGCGAACCAGCUGCAAGCGUAUGUUUCGCUGCUGAGGGCCAAUGAUAGCAGGGAGAGUCUGGCCAGCGUGUUUCGCGGCGCGAUUAAUCUCCAGGCCCGAUAUCUCCUGGGCGAUCCGUUCUGCAAUGCGUUUCAGGCGCCCGAGGAAAGCGGCACGAUCCGCAAGAGCAGCAUGAACAGCGAUGUCAUCCAGCCCAGCUUCGACUACAUGCAGGUCUUUUCCUGCCAGUGGGAGUUGGACUCCGUCGCGUCGUUCCUGCAGCUCAGCGUCGAUUAUGCGACGGCGACGGGCGACUACGCCUUCUUUGGCAAGCAUAACUGGACGAACGCCGUGGCGAAGGUGCUGCACACGGCGCAGAGCAUGAUGGUGGAUAGUUACAAGGAGGACGGCUCGUGGCAGCACACACCGUACACAUAUUGCGCUCCCUACGGCGGCACGCCGAUCAACGACUGCAACGGCUCCCCCCACCGCGGCAACAUCGGGCUCAUCCGAUCUUUCCACCGCCCCUCAGACGACGCGUGCACGUAUCAAUACCUGAUCCCCUCGAACAUGAUGUUCAGCCACGCGCUCAACGCCUCCUCCUUCAUCAUGUCGCGCAUCGCGCCCGCAGACAGCAACCUAACCAGCUGGAUGCAAACCAUGAGCAGUGGCAUCCGCAGCGGCAUCUCCAAGCACGCCAUCUUCCCCUCCGCAAAACACGGCCCCAUCUUCGCCUACGAAAUCGAUGGCUAUGGCUCCGCCAACAUCAUGGACGACCCGAACAUCCCGUCCCUGCUCUCCGCGCCCUUCCUCGCCUACGUGCCUAAGUCCGACAAAAUCUACCAGAACACGCGCCGCAUGAUCCUGUCCCGCGACAACCCGUACUACGCCUGGGGCCCGGUUAUCAGCGGCGUGGGCAGCCCGCAUACGCUGCCGGGCCGCGCGUGGCCGAUGGCGAAUGUCAUGGCUAUUCUGACGAGCGAGGACGAUGAGGAGAUUGUGAGGAAUUUGCGAUGGUUGCUGCAGAGUACGGAUGGGUACGGCGUGUUGCAUGAGAGUGUGCAUGCUCAUUUAGAGGGGGUGUGGAGUCGGCAGUGGUUUUCCUGGGCGAAUGGUAUUUUCGGCCAGGCAAUUCUGGACCUGGAGAAGCGCAAGCCGCAUAUUCUCAAGAUGGGCUUCCAAUAGCAUAGCCCUCCUUGCUCGGCGCACUUAUCUC